AGAGGAAGUAAUGGGCAGCUGUAUAAUUUUUCUGCCCCAGACAGUCAUACAUAUGUUUUUAGUUUGAAUUUUGCAAUGAGUUUAUUUUUUAUUUAUUGUGCAUUCAUUCAGAGAACUAUCCUGCGACAGACGGCUAGAUUUUUCCCCGAAUAAGUGGGGUACGAGAUGACCAUAAAUACAAAGGUUCGACAUGGCAAAGGGUGAAAUGCACAUAGGACAGGGUAGAAGAGCUCAUCUUGGAUGUAAAAGCGGCGGCAUAGCUUCUUCGUGUUUUGGAAUCGUAUGGUCGCUAGAUGGCGCAAGUGAUCCAGUUUCCAUGGGAUUAGCGGCACAUUGCGGCUUGUAUCAUUCUGCAUAAUAACAUCAAGUAGCUCCAAAGCUGCAAACCAUGAAAUGGCAUUCAAAGGCAAAGCGGUCGAUUCAAAGACCGUGCUGUCCAAUCUGCUGCUGUGCCUGCUCAUAUUUUACUCCCUUUUCUACAUGAUCGGCAGUGUGUGCUUCGGUGCUUUCAGGUUGGAUCGGUUUGACGGGCUGAUUCCAUUCGAUUUUAAAACCGAACCGGCUGAAUCUAACUCCAAAUACCUGGUCAAUCUCCUCUCCUUGGAGCUCACUUACUUUUGUAGUGGUAUACUGUUUGCUGCAGUGGUGAGGAGGCGGGUUUGGGACUAUGCCCUCACUGUCACACUUCUCCAUGUAAUAAUCACCAGUCUGGUGAUGUUAGAGUUUCCCACAGUGUGGCAGUGGUGGCUGGCUUUAGGUAGCGGCUUGUUUCUGAUGAUUUGCAAUGGCCAGCUGAUCGCUUACUUCACAUGCCAAAGUGAGCAAAGCUAUGCCACCUUCAGCUACUACUGACAAGGUGGAAAGGCAGCUAAUUAGAAUAUGAUCAGAAAGUUAAUUUAUUUAAGUAAUUCAGUUAAAAAAGUUCAACUCAUACACACAUUCAUUACACACAGGGUGAUCUAUUUCAGGCAUUUAUUUCUGUUGAUUUUGAUGAUUAUGUCUUACCGCUAAUGAAAACCCCAAAUUUUGUUUCUUAGAAAAUUAAAAUAUUACAUGAGGCCAAUGAAAAAUUAUUUUUAAAACAGAAAUGUUCUGUUACGGCAUGUGCAUUCAUGUGGAAUACAGCUGACUUGACAGUUGUGUAGCAAAUAGUCAUUGAGACCCUCCACAAGGAGGGUAAACCACAAAAUGUCAGUGCUACACAAGCUGGCAGUUCACAGCCGGCUGUAUCCAAGCAUAUCAAUGGAACAUUAAGUGGAAGAGAAAAUAAUAGUCGAAAUAAGGCGCACAAUCAAGAGGGAUACCUGCAACCUUGGGGGGAUUGUAAGGCAAAGCCAGUUCAAGUGUUUAUGGGGAGAUUCACAUGAUGUGGACUGUAGCUGACGUCAGAGCUUUAUGAAACCAGCAAUGAGAAACCUGCUAUCUGGGUUAAAGAGAAAAAGGACUGGACUAGGCUUGGUCUGGCUACUGGUGUCAAGGUAUUCUAAGGUUUUAAACAGUUGCGGUUUUAAAACCGCUAAACUUUUCUUUCAUACCAUGCUUGUUGUUUAUGUUCUUUGAAUUGGAUGCCAGAGAAAGAACAAGAGUGAUAAGACCUUUCUCUGGCUAUAUGGAGCAUAGAGUAACACAGUGCUUCCCCUCCCCUACAUGUUACUGCACACUGUCACUUAGCUGCCUGAAAAAGAAGUUGUUUUGUUUAGCCAACACAAAAAAACAAAUCUGGCUGUUUGGAGUUAUUUCUGCUGUUGAAAAAUACAGAUCAGUCAUAGUGUACAUGUCCAAAUAUUCUUGGUCGGGGUUCCUUUUGCAUGAAUUGCUGCAUCAGUAAAGCACGGCAUGGAAGCAAUCAGCAUUUGACUCUGCUUAGGUGUUAAGCAAGGCUAAGUUGUUUUAUCAGUGGCCUUCUGCUCUUCUGUAUUUCAUGGAUCUGUUAUCUCCCACCUGCCUCCCGACAAUAAGCUGUUGAUUCUCUAUAAGUUAUUGUCAGACAAGUUUGUUGGCCAAUGAGGUAUGGAGGAUCAAUCCUGCCUUAAUUAAGAAUACAUACAGAUACAAAUAAAUUACUCAAUAAAAUAAUUACUGUACCAAAAAGUAGCUAAAUAAAUUAGAGUGCCAUUAAAUGCACCUUAAACAUAAAAAGAAGAGAUUUAUUCAAUAAUUGAUCAUUUAAUAGAUAUAUUAGGAUAUAGAUAUAUUUCUGUUUUAAUCCACUUAUUUUCAAAUUUUUUUUUUCUUGAACUCUACAAUUUUCUUUUGUUUAUUUAAAACAAAUGAGUGUCAUGCUGUUUUAUUUUUCCUAGCCCCUUUAUUUCUUUAAUAUUUAUUACCACCCAAAUAUAUUCAAAACAUGCUGUUUCCUCAAAAAUAAAUAUUUUCCAAAUUAUUUUACUGUCCUUUAAUUGUUAAACACUAAUAUAUUUUCCCUUUUCAUAUACCACUGAUGUAUUUUCUAACCCAACGAAUUUCCCUGUGCCCAUUUAUUUCCGUCUUCCUUUUUUACAUUUCUUGGUCGCUGUAUUGUCUUUUCCUCCUCAACAUGCAGCUAGAAAUUUAAAAACAAAGGGGGCGGGCAGAGACAGAGGGCGCGGUCUUUUGGAUCAACAUCACCACCUCAGCUUUUCUUCUAUUGGCUGGGGUCAAACCUUUAGAAAGUUGGUGCUGAGUCUCAAUAUGGCUGCCUGGUCCUGGAAAGGGCCUAGCAGAAAUGGCUAACUACUGUCAUGUUGUUGCUAAGUUAUGCUUGUUGUGGAUUUGGUGAUAGAUUUCGCUGUUAGUCGGGAUAGUUUACUGUGUCCUGCUGACUCUAACUGAGAGAAUACUUCAGUUUGCCGAGUACUAAGAGGCAUCCACGUGUACAGACCCACUUUCAAAAUAAAAGCAUGACUCAAUGA